AUGGUUCGAGCUAUGGCAAAUCCAAAGUUACCAAUGGAUAGAGCUCGUCGAUUUCUAUUCUGGCGCUCACCAUCUCCACCGACAAGACCUGGAGACGGAAUUUGCGCAAGUGCAACAUGGGCUUGGAAUGGUGUUACUGUCGCUGGUGGCCAUGGUGCAGGCUCAGGACUUCAUCAGUUAAAUAAUCCUUUUGGACUUUUUGUCGAUGAUGAUGGAACCAUUUAUGUGGCGGAUGUUCAAAAUCAUCGCGUAGUUAAAUGGGAAGAGGGUGCAUCGAGAGGUCAUUUAGUUGCAGGUGGAAAUGAAGCUGGAAACUAUACUGACCAAUUGAAUCAACCGUACGAUGUUGUCGUCGAUCAAAAUGGAACGGUGUACAUUAGUGAUUACGUUAAUGCUCGGGUCCAACGAUGGUUUCGUGGUGCUCUGAGCGGAAAAACAGUGAUCAGGAACAUUUAUGCCGUUGGUUUAGCACAAGAUGAAGAAGGAUCACUUUAUAUAUCUGACUUUAAAAGUAAUACAGUCAAAAAAUGGCGGCAAGGUGAUUCAGUUGGACAAUUGAUCAUUUCGGGACUAAAUGGAACUGAGCUACUGUUUGUUGAUAGACAUCGAUCUGUUUACAUAAGCGAUACAUGGAACCAUCGAAUUCUGAAAAUAAAGGAUGGCGAAAAACAAGGUUCGAUUGUUGCUGGCGGAUCUUAUGGAGCAGAUGCAAGCCAAUUAAAUCAGCCGUACAGUAUUUGUGUCGAUCAGCUAGGUACCAUUUAUGUGGCUGAUACUGUUAAUCACCGAAUAAUGCGAUGGCCACAAAGAGCAAAAUCGGGUAGUCUCAUUAUCGGUGGUCGCGGUCAAGGUUCCCAACCUGAUCAAUUAAAUUUUCCCACUGGUAUAUCAUUUGAUCGAGAGGGAAAUCUGUAUGUAGCCGAUAGAAUGAAUCACCGUGUGCAAAAGUUUUUCAUUGACAAAAGUUCAUGUGACAUAUGUGAGUUUAAACUAAGAUCUUUCUACGCCUUAUACGUGUUGUUUUCUUUAGCACAAGCGAAGAAGAAUAUCCUACAAUACGUACAUGUAUAACAGAACAAGAAAGGAUUGGAAUUACUUUUCGCGGAUUAUUUGUGAAUAUCCAUAAUUCGUAUAGAAUAUGCAUUUUCUAUGAUUUUUUCUAAGGUUCUUCUGUUUCUCUU